AUGAAGCAUGUGGUAUCCAAAGGAUUCAGCAAUUUCAAAGAAUUCCAGAUAUAUCUCAAGAAAAUGAAACAAAAACCCGAUCUCAAUUAAAAGUUAAUGUGAAUAAGAAGAAAGUAAAUGGAAACAUUCUGGGCAGUACCACCUCACUGCCACAUUUCUCAAUUGGCAAGAAGUUGACAGAGAAAAUUUUCAAUGGACAUGAAGCAGUUCCUCAUGAGUUCCCAUGGAUUGCAUUACUUCUCCUUGAUUCAUCAUUGCGAUGUACUGCUUCAUUAAUAACUUCUAACUGGUUAAUUACAGCAGGGCAUUGCACUGAAUUAAGUUCCUCUGAAACACCACCAAUUAAGAGAUUGGAAAUUGUAUUAGGUGCUCAUGAUAUUUCUGCACGGGAACCAAAUGCAGUAACAAAAUCAUUGAGUAAAAUAGUGCGUCAUCCAUCUUAUCAUACAGUAAAUUAUGAUGUAGCUCUUCUAAAGCUCUCUGAGAGCAUAAAGUACAGCAGCAUUAUACAACCAAUAUGUUUACCACAAACAG